GAGGGAAUCCGAGAGAGGGAGGCCUUUUAUAAAAGCCAAGUCCUGCCACUUUGGGAAGAAAUUGCGGGCAGCGAGACGGCGGGCUUCGGGUCCAAAACGGGAGCCCAAACGAGCCAAUGAGAGGCCCCAUAAUUGUACUCAAGUGGUGUACAGUAUCGUGGGACGCAGGCUGCAGAAUUACAGUGUGGUCUGUGAGCAUGCGUAUGACAACAGAGAAGACAUGUAGAGCAAAAGGCUGAGGCUCUGGGCUCCAAAAUCCUCUCUGCACGUGACAAUUAGCUUACAGUCUGCUCUGAGAAGAUGACUUCUGCUACGCCUCCCUGCUCUCGCAGCUCUUCCCCUCAAAAGGUUUGCCACUCUCAGACCCAAACUGAUGUUCUGAAGCCGUUGCUGGGCGGUGGCGCUUCUGUUGGAGGUGGGACUCUGAGGAAGAGGAGGCGCAUCCUGUCCAAAGAUGGCCGAAGCAACAUGCACAUCGAGCACAUCAGUGGGAGGAACGCCCUCUAUAUGCGCGACCUCUGGACAACUUUUCUUGAAAUGCCAUGGCGCUACAAGUUCUUCCUGUUUACAGCAACAUUUGCAGGGACCUGGUUUCUGUUUGGGGUUGUGUGGUACCUCGUCGCUUUGGUGCAUGGAGACCUGCUGGAGUUUGAUCCGCCGUCCAACCACACACCCUGUGUGAUGCAGAUGCAGACCCUCACAGCAGCCUUUCUCUUCUCUCUGGAGUCCCAGACAACCAUCGGUUAUGGUUUCCGAUGCAUCACAGAGGAAUGCCCGGCUGCCAUCAUCCUCCUCAUCCUCCAGCUGGUCAUCACCAUGCUCAUGGAAAUCUUCAUCACCGGCACCUUUCUGGCCAAGAUUGCACGGCCAAAGAAGCGAAGUGGGACGGUGAAGUUUAGCCAGCAUGCCGUUGUAUCGACUUAUGAAGGCCAACCCUGCCUGAUGAUCCGGGUGGGCAACAUGCGCAAGAGUCUUCUUCUCGGAUGCCAGGUGACAGGGAAACUCCUGCAGACGUCCUUGACAAAGGAAGGUGAAACAGUUCGUAUGGACCAGAGGAACGUGCCUUUCCAGGUGGACACUUCCAGCGACAGUCCCUUCCUCAUCCUUCCUCUCACCUUCUACCACAUCAUCGACGACAACAGCCCCUUGAGAGCCUGGGCCGCCAAGGGUGGCGGAUGGACAGAUCCAGAGUUGGCUGACUUUGAACUCUUGGUGAUCAUGAGUGCCACAAUAGAGCCGACCUCAGCCACCUGCCAGGUCCGCACUUCCUACCUGCCAGACGAGAUCCUCUGGGGUUACGAGUUCCCCCCCGUCGUCUCUCUCUCCCAGUCUGGAAAAUACGUUGCAGACUUUUCCUUCUUUGACAAAGUGGCGAAGACCAAGACGACCCCUAUUUUCAAAUCAUCCAGUUCGCAACACGAAUACCAGAGCAACGGAGGCGGACUCCUGUCCGAAGUGACAGACCCGGAGAAGAUCCGUCUGGAGCAGAGCUACAGGGAGCAGCGAGGCGAAGACCGAGGCCGAGUCAGAGACGGCCCCAUAAGCGUUCGCAUCAGCAACGUCUGAACAGCUAAACUGGCUGAAAAUGGGACAUUUUGUAGCAAAACAACACGAGAGUUUGUGAAGCCUUUCACACAUGUAAGACAAAGAUUGUUUUAAUUUUUUAUCAAAAUGACUUAAGGCGAAAUGUAUGGUACUGCAUUUUGUAAGGAAAUAUUUGCUAAAACUGCUGUCGUUUAUUCUCAUCAUGUUACUUAUGAUGGAAUAUCAGUGAUGAUCUGACCGUCCAGGGUUUGAAUGCUCAGCACUCUGUAGCAUAUCUGUAAAGAUAGCAGUAUAUUAUAUUUUCAAUCAAUGUAAUUGGAUUGUGACCAAUAAGGUCAAUGGGCUAGUUUUCUCAGAAGGUAGAUACGACUCAUGAAGGAGCAGACAGACUAGAAGUUUCCAGUUGCGGAUGCUUUGUAUUUAUAGUGUGAAAAACAUAAAUACAUAUUUACAACAGCAGUGGAAACAUCCAAAUGGCCAUAUAAAAAUGCGCAAAAGAGAAAAAAACAAAACAAAAUUUAUCAAUCCCAUAGUUCCAUCAUAAAUGAACCCAGACCCUUCAGUUUGAGGUCCCAAACCGGUUACUAAUAAAGUGCUUGGUGCAGUGCAGGUCAUUUGCUGACCAAAGUCAGAUCAGAGUGGGGACAAAAUUGUUCGUUGGCUGCAAGGAGCCUCCUACCAGCCUGGCAGGAGAAGCAGAAGUCUUCAAGCACCAAAAGUGCAAUUUUUCCUUGGGCUCUAGGCCUGGACUUUUAUCUCACACAAAUGGGUUUUUUCAUCUCCUUUUUGGCUCACAGUAGUUGGCUGGCUCCUGCAGCUCGGCUCCUCCCAACGUGUCCUAAUUCUUCAUACUUCCCGGCUCCAGCUAAUAUACCUACAAGAUAGGCUGCGGUGGCACAUGUGACCCUGGUACUCAACAGCGAUUGGCUGUGUAGACAUCUCGAGAAUCGCUGACAUUAUAUUAAAGCUAUCGCGAGAUUUGAGAUAAAGGGGACAGGGAGUGGAAAAACCUGAUAAUGAGGGAAUGAAAGUUCAAAUUUACACAUGGGUUACAACUCCAUAUCAUGGUUAUGGGUGCCUCCAAUUUGCUUAAAUUGUUUUCAGCUUAUUUAAUUAGAAAAUAGGUCUCUCUCUCCUACCAUGUCAGUUACUCCAAACAUUAACUCACACAGUGAAUCUUUAUGAAAGCAGACAGAGUGUCUGCAUGGCAUAGCAUGAGAUUAAGUCAUAAUAUCGACUCAUUGUUGCAAUUUUUGAAAUCGAAACACUUGUAAAGCAAUAUGUUUUUUUUUGUGACAUUUUUCUGCAUGAUCAUAGUAAGAACUUAAGAGAAAAUGCAUAAAAUCUGCAACAAGCUGGAGUUGCCAGUGUGCUUCAACCUAGUUUUGCAUGCUAUGCAGUGGUGAAGCUGGUUUUUUGCUGAUUUAUUUGGAUGGUGAAAAAUAAAAUUCUUCUUUAUCUUCAGCUUUCUGUAAUAAUCCGUAGAUCUUUUGGCUUUUAGUUUUAUUUAUGUUUCUGUUGCCUAUUUUUUUACUUCUAUUCUCCUUUUUGCCAUCUUAGUUUAUCCCUUGUGUCAGAUCAGUCGUUGUUUCUGUUUUGGUUUCUGAUAUUUAAUUAUGUUUCUUCCUGUCAACUGAAGUGUUAUGGAUGAAAUGUGACUGAAUGUGUCACAUGUGCAUGAAGAAAUUUUCAUGACUUCAACUACAGUCUACUGUAAUAUCAUCUGAGGGAAAAAUAACUUUAGGGAAUGAUUUGGUCACCAGCAUGUUUCAUUUUCGUUGGUUCAUUUGCUGAUGAUCUGUGGUGUUUUUGUGCCAAACUUACCGUCUGUAACUGUGGCUAAAAGUUCCAGUUUGUUUCUAUUAGACCACAAUGGGCUUUUAGCCAGAACUUUACUUUCAAAGGAAACACUUUUAACAUACAGUUCUACCAUAUGAGAAAUCCAUGAUGUUGCUGUCACAUGUAGACCAUAACACUUCUGCAUUCUUAUUUUUUUUUACCAUGACUGUCGUCCUUGUGGCAUGACACAUCUAUAAUGUUUCUUGUACAAUCCUCCUGGCAUAUGCUUUUGAGUUUUUGUUUAACUGUUGUUGUUUAUCCAAGAAGACUGAAUUGAAAUUGUUUAAAAAAGUGCCUAAAGUUUUCGAUUAAGGUUGCACACGUUGACAACUUUUUAUUUUUUUCCUACUUUUCUUUUUGAGUAGUGUAAGGACAUGUUACAUCAAAGGUGGAAAGGAUUUAUCCUGGCCAAAUUUUUAUAUGUCACAAAAAUCUGGUACUCUACCAGGGGUCAGAAGACUUUUUAUGUUCACUCUAUUUGAAAACAUACAUCUCUUAAAGCAAAUGAAGUAUAAAGUUUGCAAACUUAGACAAUACAUGAAAACAACUGUUUUGUCAAUGUAGAUAACAAAAGCUGAUUUACAUAAACAUUUAUCUGGGCUAUAAUGUCAUAUAAUGAUGUAAAAGCUGAAAGGUCAGAAACUUAUUCUGAUCUCUUUAGGUACUUCCCAGAGCACUAAAGUAUCACCUUGUGAGAGACUUUCUCACUUAAAAGCGUGACAGUAUGAAUGUGUAUUUUUAAAAAUGUGAAAAACAGAAGUAAGGGAGUAAACAUAAAAUACCCCUUAAUUUCAAAGAAAAACCUUUUUUCCCUCUGCUGUUCAAGUGAAUGGGUUGUAAUUUUCUGCACUUUAAAAGUGCUCAACUAAUCCCAAAAGGAAAAUUGCUUAAGAUGCACACAGCUACGGUUUGUUGAGCACAGAACCAGAAAGUCAUAUGACUUUAAAUAUUUUCUUCUUAUAUGGUAAGAAAAAAUAGCACCAAGCUCAAAAGUCUCACCCUCAACUUCCUCCUAAGCAUCUGAUUAGUAUUUUAAAAUUUCCUGUUGCAAAGUUUGCCGUGUAAACUGUUGAGAAAUUUUUUAUCUCAACUUUAGAGUUCCUCAUGGUGCAUAGGAAACUAUCUGUUAGUGAUGAAUGUAAUUUUUGUGUUAAACCUCAAUAUGACAUCUGUUUCUGUAUCAAAUGAACAUUGUAGCACUUUAUUGAAGUAAAUAAUGAUUAUUUGCACCUUCAGUAGAUUAGUUGACAAUUUGUCAAGCCUUACCAUUUGUAAAAUUUUCCACUGAAAGCACUCUGAGUUUAUAUCUACCAACUUCAUUACAGCUGCUGUAAAUUUAAAAAGAUAGUCAAAAACCUGCUGUUUCUUUGUCAAAGACGUGCAAAUGAACAAACUCCAGUGGAUGUAAAUACUCAUGUAGAGAUGUUGUAUCUGUGCCUUUAACAGGGAAGAAAGUCUGGUUGUUGUAAGCAUUAGAUGCAAUCACUGCAUAAAGAAUUGUUGGAGAUACUAAUUCCGUGAAAUAAAAGCAAAAACUCCUUCUACACAAAUAAAUAUGAAAUUAUCUGAACGAUAAGGGAUGAGAUAUAAGAAUGGCUUAUAAAGCUAAAGUGUUUGUGACUGAUAUGAGAAGUGGAGGAACGAGGUGUGGUGUAUCUUCUUUCAGCUCUUUGAAUUUCAGAUUUUAAAUGAGGUAAUUCUUUAACAACUGGUCUAAUAAAGCUUAUUGUUAAAUAUUGCAUUUGGUUUGGGUCUUUUGGUUUCAUUUAAUCAAAACUGAAUUUCCAAAAAGUUUCAAUUUAAUCCAAAACCCAGUGACAUUGUAAAAAACAGAUAAUAAUGAGCAUAAGGAGCAAAAACUAGCAAAUAUCUAAAACUGUGAUGCAUUUCUGAAGAGUAUAACUGUAAGUAUAAGUGAUAAAAUCAUCACAUUAAAGUAUCAGUUCAG